GUUUAUGAUAACCAGUUGAGUUUCGACUGCAACGAGUACGAAUGUACUUUGUCUUAUUAUAUAUUGUGAAACAAUGGAUUUUAAACCGAAGAAAUCAAUAUUACACUUUUCAAGUGAAUGCGAAGAACUUGGGAUGCUAAAUAUAAAUUUAGGAAAAGGUGAUAUGGAAGAAAUUAUAGAAAUUAUAAGACAAUGGAUUGAAAAACAGCCACACUUCAAAAGCAAAAAUUUCAGCACAAACUAUCUAAAAAUGAGCAUUCUUGGGGCGAAAGGAUCUAUAGAGCGAGUCAAAAGUUUAUUGGACAAAUCCUGCACUUUAAGAACUUUGCUACCACAUUAUUUUCAAUUUUCGGAUAUGAAAAGUGAUUUAAAAGAACUGUUUGAGAUCGUGACCCCUGUUAUUUUACCCAACUAUUCAAAAGACAACGCAAGAAUAUUCAUAAUGAAAUUCUGGAGUGAUAUUAAGAAAUCAUCACAAAUAACAGAAUUGCACAAAAAUUCAAUCCGAAUGAUUGAAUAUAUAAUGCAAGUAGACAAUGUAUCUUCUAUGCAUAUGUGUAUAGAUCUUUUGAAUAUAAAUGUAUUCGAUCUAGUAUCCAAACAAAAUCCAUUUGAACUGAAGGAUGUUGCGACAAUAACUAUGGGAGGAUAUGGAACGAGAGUAAAAGGUGUACAUUGUAUAACAACAUCAAAGUACGUUGACGCUUUUGUAGCUCUUUUAAAGCAAGUGCUCUCGCCGAAGUUAAUAAGCCGGAUACACGUUUAUAGAACUUGGAGUGAACUGUACGAUGUUCUUGGUAAAGAUGUUAUUCCAAUUGAGUUUGGUGGAAAUGAGAAAUCUAUUAGAGAAAUUCACGAUGACUGGCAAGAUGAACUGUCUUCUGAAGAAUUCAAGAAGUAUCUAGAAGAAAGAAGUAAAAUGUGCACUGAUGAAUCUCUACGGCCAAAGGAUAGGUUUAAUGAUGAAUAUGCUGGAAUGCCGGGUUCAUUUAGAGUUUUAAGUGUUGAUUAAAUAUAUUUCAUUCCCAUUUAAAUGUUAAAAAUGACAAAACGAAUUAUUAUAAUAAAAAUAAUUUUACAAGUUUAAUUAUCUCUAAGGUGUUGGUGACAAUAAAUAUUAAUAAAAUCACAAAUAAAUUAAUUACAAAACCUUUGGAACGAGCAAUAAAACUAAAAAAAAUUGUUUAUACAUUAAAUGAAAAAAUUCUAUAGACAAGAUAAAGGUCUCUUUUAUUCGCAUCGUUUAUUACCUAACAUUAAACAUUGACAAUUAGCAUGUGAAGUUAAUAUAUGCCUUAUUUUAAUUUCUGUUUAUCUGCAUAUUGUUUGAAAUCUUACACACAAUCUUAUAAAGCUUCCGUCCGCGUAAUUAAACAAUGUGUUCUGUGUCUACCGCAACCGAAAAAUAUUAUUUCGUGGGAAAUACUGGAAUAUUCCCCACGAAAUAAUAUUUUUCGGUCUCACUACUAUUAACAACCGUGUAUUUGAUAAGAAUAUAUAGCUUACGCAUACAAAUAACUAGACGCGUACGAUGUAGUCACAUAGUAGUACUUAUCGUCAUUCGGAGCAAUAUACAUACAUAGAUAACUCUUAGGGUCUGUUUCACAAUGUAUGGAUAAAGUACCAAAUAG